AUGAUAAUGAACUGCGUUAGAGUGACAGUUAUGGCUAUGGCUGUUCCUUCAUGGAGGCCCACGUGCUGCGCUUCUUCUUCUGCUUCUCCAGCCGUCAACAACACAGAGCAACUACGUUCACAACUUGAUCAUCUUCAUGCUGAGGCUGACGCCACCAGAGCCAAGGCAACUAAUGCUAGAUUGAGGCUUCUGCGGCUGUCAGAGGCUGCCGAGAAGCUUCAAAAACAGGCAGUUAUAAGCAUUCAAAAGGGGGAAGAAAAUUAUGCAAGGGAAAUGCUUUUUCAGAGGAAGAAGGUUUUGCAGGCUUUAGACAAGUCUAAAAGACGGAUUGAAUUGCUUGACGAGCUCUCCGCAAAGCUAAGUGAGGCAAUAUCUUUGAAAGAAAGUCAGCUAAUUGGAAAUGUUACUGUGAACAUUGAAGACACAAGAGAAGAUGCUUUUAGUCCAGUUCGAAUUAUUGCUCCAAAGGAGGAAGUUCAAAAUGAUUUCACUAAGGAUAAUUCGGAUCCUGUUACGAUGGACUUCGGUGAGAUUGAAGAUGUGCAACUUUCUAUCAAUAGUGAAGGAAAUCCAAUGGAUGAUAAGGAGAUUAAGAAUCUUCAAGAAAUCCUUAAAAUAGAAAGUUCAAAUGAAGACAAUAUAGCCAGAACAUUGUCAGAAAUAUCCUCUUAUGAGGAUUUCAUGGAACAUAUCGAUAAAAAGCUCAAUGAAAUUGAAGCUGAACUAGUCACUGUUCUGAACGUCUCAACCUUGGUACUGGAUAAUGAAGAGAGACCAAAGAAUUCCAGGUUGCUACAAACAAUUGAACUCCUUGAGAGCAUCCAUGGGAUUAGACAGAGUAUUGGUGCAAUUAAAGGAAAUGCUUCACUUCACUGA